UCUGCCGGGCUUCACACCACUGCAGGGAGAGGGAAGAAUCAGCAGGCAAGAAGAAAGGGGUAUACUCUGCACAUACCCAACUCUUUGCCUUGGACAUGCUUAGUAUCAAGCGGAAGCCAAGGGACUGAGGUCAUCUGUGGACUGUUUUCUGAGGGAACUGUGCAUCAUCUAGAUCUGCUGCCUGGGGGCACUAGAUUUACCUAUCUGCCCCGAACUGCGCUGGAAUCCACUAUGGUGUUCCAUGGGACACCACACUUUGAGAUCUACCAUGCCUCACUGGAACUUGUCGUUUUGCUUUAGUGUCUGAUGUGCUGCACCAGGAUCUGUUGGGCCUCCCCACUGCUGUGCUGUUGAGCCCCACAAGGUAGGAUGGUGUCAGGUGAGAGGAAGACUGCUGGGCCCAUCCUUUUCUGGACCUGUGACCAUGAAACAGAGCCUUGUGAGUAGGCCCGGGUGAGACUUGGGAGCCUGUGAACCCUGCACAGGUAGCUUUGGGCACCCCCAUGGCCUGGUCUGGGGAUGCAUGGUAUGGAGCCACAGCAAAAUGGAUCUGGCAAUCAGAGUGACCGGGCACCCGCCGAGCUCCCACACUCGCCACUUGGCACAGCACUCAUCCUGGUGGCCGUGCUGGUCAUGGCACUUGUAACCCUACUGGGGAAUGUGUUGGUAGUGCUGGCUGUGUACACCAGCCGGGCCCUCCGGGCCCCGCAGAACCUCUUCCUGGUGUCUCUGGCCGUGGCAGACAUCCUGGUGGCCACCCUUAUCAUCCCCUUUUCCUUGGCCAAUGAGGUCAUGGGCUACUGGUGCUUUGGCGGCUUUUGGUGCAGCCUCUACCUGUCGCUGGACGUGCUCUUCUGCACCGCCUCCAUCAUGCACCUCUGCGCCAUCAGCCUGGAUCGGUACUGGGCCGUCACCCGUGCUGCCCGGUACAACCUCAAAAGGAGCCCCCGGAGGGUCAAGUGGAUGAUUGGAACUGUCUGGGCCAUUUCUGCCUUGGUGUCCUUGCCACCGCUCUUCAAGUCAACGCACCAGGACCAGCUGUGCUUGCUGCACGACGACACCUGGUACGUGCUGGCCUCUUGCACUGCCUCAUUCUAUGCCCCCUGCCUCAUUAUGGUCGCUGUCUACUGCCGGAUCUACCACGUGGCCAAGCACAGGAACUCGGUGGUCCUUGCUGCAAGACGUAUCUCCUACCCCAACCUCAUCACCGCAGCCAAGUGUGACGCCCGCAGAGUGAGCACCCAGCCUGGGGAAGUGCAGAAUGCAGGCUCGGAGCACGGCCAGCUUCCCCACCCCCAGCCUGGCUUGCCCCGGCUCUCUCAGCAGUGGAAGGCAGAAGAGAUUGGCCACAACGCCAGGCCACAGAGGACCCCCAGGCUUUCCUGGUCAGUUCCCUCUAGCCGGCAGCAGCGCAGGAGUAGGGACAUGUCCGUCUCCACCAACCGGCUGGUGCAGGCAAGAGAACGGCGGUUCACCUUUGUCCUGGCUUUCAUCAUUGGGGCUUUCGUGCUCUGCUGGUUCCCGUUCUUCUUCACGUACAGCCUCGAGUCCGUGCUCGGGGAAGGCUGCUGCAUCUCCAAGCCUCUCUUCAAGUUCUUCUUCUGGAUUGGCUACUGCAACAGCAGCUUCAAUCCCAUCAUCUACACCGUCUUCAACCGGGAUUUCCGGCGGGCCUUCCAGCAGCUUCUCUCCCGUGCCGACCCACUUACAUGCAGGAAGUGAGGAGGACUCUUCUGCCAGAGGGCUGUUUGGGGAGGUGGGGAGAGGUGUAGGCAUGCAGGCUGGGGUUCUGGGGCCUGUGUACAAAGCAUCAUCCUGCGGCAACAGGUUGAGGCUGAGGAGCGGGAUAAUGUCGCUGCUGGUUUUGUGCUGAAAAAGCUCCUGCUGAAGUGGUAAAUCUGUGGCAUGAGUGGCACAGGCAGCCAGACACAUGUGACAUGAAGGGCUGGUGGGCCUGGUUAUGGCACAGAGAGUCAGGCUUACACAUGUCCUGCCUACCUCUCCUGUACUGUGCUGCUAGCCUGCUUACCAGCCCAAUAGGCAAGAGGCAAAGUACUGGUGCAUUGAGAGACAGGAGUAGACUGCUUAUGGGCCAGUGGAGUAGUGGUAACCUCUGAAGUCCAGGUGUGCUGUUCCUGGCAACCCCUCACAGCCAUCCCCAACACUGUACAACAGAAAUGAAUUUUUGGCUGAGGCUGACAUUUUGGCCUCAGUACCUCACCAGCUACUUUAACCUCUCCAUCUGCUCCUUCGUUUAAGAUAUCCAGUCUGAUGAAGAGUUCUAGUGGGCUCAAGAGCUUGCUCCCUAUCUUGUGACAUUUGGUUGGUUAUUUAAAAAAGGGACUUUGACUUUUUUUCCAAAAUAAAAGUGUUGACUUAACUCUUAAAGAUGCAUACGAAAUGAAAUCUACCUCUUCCUCUGCUUGGUUUAUUUAGUAGGUAGCUGGAUUUUGCAGGGGGUGGGGGUGGGGAGUGUACACAGAGGAUUGGCAAAUGGCACCCCAGUGAUGAAAUCAUCAUUCCGGCAAUGACAAAAGGGGUGUAGACUUCAUCCUUGCCCAUCCCUGCUUCACUGCUCAGAAACAGUGGUACUCCUCCUACUUUCAGCUUACCUUAUGGCAGACCUGCUAAAACAUUUGCCCAUCAUCACAGUAAAUUAAGCAGAUGUGUGCUCUGCAUCCUGCUACCUUGGUUUAGGACUGCCAAGUUACAGAUCCCGACAACCAUAGAGAUGUUCACGAAUCCCUGAAAUGCGCUCUCUAUUCCCAAAAGUUCUAGCCCACAAAAGCUUUGCUGCGCGCCUUUCUCCCAGCUGCUCUGCGGGAAGGAGAACAGCAGGAGGAAAAGGAUAAGGUCUGCCUUGGAAGAGAUUCUGUGAGGUGACUUGCUUCUGUAUUGGGGAUGGAGACAUACAACGGAUCCCUCUCAAAUGCUUUUCCUGCCUCAGGUCAGUGGCAUUUUGAGGGAAUCGUGGGCAUAAGUAAUAACCUAAAAAUGGCCUUUCUGAAUGUCCAUUUAGUGCAGGGGGUAGAUGACUUUUGUUCUGCCAGGGCCACGUUCCCUCAGGGGUAAUCUCUUGGGGACUGGCAUGUCAGUGGUGGGCACGACCAGAGUGAAAUGUGGAUGGGGCUAUCUCUCUCUCUCAUUCACCUCUUUCCAUCUCCUCCCACCCUAAUCAGGGGUCUGCUGAAGGAGAGAUAGAUAGCCCUUGCAGGAGUUCACAACGGUUCAUUUGCAGAGGGCUUUUGAAAUUAGACUGAGCCACCCCCACACCCCCAUUUCCCCAGAUUGUCCACCCUUGAUUUAGUGGACCAGUCCUCUGUCUGUAAACCUUGGCCAGCCAGAUGCCCCUGAGAAGCUUGCCAACAGGUCGUGAUGGCGAUAGCCCAGCCUAUUUGGCUUCAAUAUCAGUAGCCAGAAGCAUUACCACUGCCUCUGAAUGUUUCUCUGUCACCUUUGGGCCUGAGAGGCCGGGGUUUGGGCCUACACCUUCCCCAGAGAGAGCAGCAAUAAAGAGACGGCAGGCAAAGUCACUGGUGACCCAAGGGCACCAUGUACUGGAGCUGAAGUACUUGAGCAAAGGAUCAGCAUGUUCUAGUUCAUUCUCCCCUCUCUGUGUCCCCCACUUCCAUGAGUGACUUUGCAGAAAAGAAGACUUUCCUCUCAGUUGUGCACAGUGCGGAGUUUCCUUCCUGCAAGGUCAAGGUUAGUGCUGGUGGAACCCCUGGAAUUGCUGCAUCUCCUCUGCCUGCCCCCUUUGUUCGGCAAUCACGUUUUAGUUUUGGGAUGUCUGCCUCUGCCUCAGUUAGUCUGUUUUGCUGAUCCGAGGGGAGCUGGGCAAAGCCAAGAGGGAGGCCGGAUGCUGAAUCAGCCAUCUGGCUCUGGGAAACAGAUAUUUACCCCUGAUCCCACUGCUGGUCAGAUGCCAGCCACUGAAAAGUGGGUUUCCGCUGGCCAGCCACAGGGAGCAAAGCUCUGGGGAUAUUUGGCUUUGGGGGGCGGCGGCAGGAAUCCCUUGUUUCCUGCGUGGAAUGACAGUUAUUGGGUGUUUGUGUUGCUUCCCCCAGCUGUGUUUCCUCCACUAUUUAGAGUUGUAGUCAGGAGAGGAUCCAGUAUUUCAGAUGUGUGUAUGGGGUUGGGAGAAAGGUUGUGCAUGCAGCCAGCUACUUUGGGGGUCUCUGGCUAUAUCUCUUAUUCUAGUUUGUAGCAAUUAGUUCCACAGGUUGGAGCUGGUGCCACAGCACAGCAGCCUGCUCUUUGUAAUGCACCCAACCCAACUAUCAAUUCCAGGAGCCUACUUCCUAUUCCUCAACACACAACAUAGUUCCAAACAUCACCACCCCUUGAAUGCUGGCCUCAGGUACCAGGCUGCUGCUGUAUAAACAGACUGUAUAGCUAGAAUUUCCUCUUUCCCCUGACCUUUUGAUAGCUAUGUGGCAGACAGGCAUUCAACAGGUGUAGCUUUUCCAGGCAUGGUGAGAAGGGGAAGCUAUACUUAUUUAACUUCUGCUUUUUCUGUUAAAGUGAGUAGAGUCUCUCUAAGGGAGAGUGGGGAAAGGUGGCAACCUUAGUACUGAAGGAUGUGUCCCAAAUUGUACUUUCUCCUGACAGGGCCUCUGGUGGGGUUUUUUUGUGUGUGUGAUUCCCCUUAACUAGGUGCCUGGUGUGUAUUUGAAAGUUUUACAUGUGUAAAUUGCUUUCCUAUCAACCUGCCUCUUCCAUGUUUUCAAGUGAUCCUAUGGUUGGCUAAUGUAAGAACCAAGCCUCAAAUUCCUAGCAGAAAUGAAUUAACAAUGAUGAACACCACUCUCUUACCACACAUACAUACACAUCAGUGUGGGAACAGGACUGCAUAGUUAGUCCCCCUAACUUUACCUAUUAUCUAACUAUAGAGACAAACAAAUUAAUAGCUCACAUAAAAACAUCUUCCCAGAAAACAGCAACUCAAGGGUGGUGGCAAGGCAGAAAG